CAAGGACAAUGUGAGGCACCGCGCUAAGUCCCAGUCGCUUGCAGACAGUCACUCAGUAUAAACGUCGCGUUCUUUCGCCACUUUUCUCUUUUCGCCCAGCGAAUUGCAUGCCUAAUGCAGAUAUGCAGCCGCAAUGUAAUUAAAAAUAAAUAAAAAGGAACAAGGAAUGUGCGGUAUCCGCGGGAUUUGCUUAAUAGCGUAAUAAGUCCAUCGGUGAUUCCAAGGGUAUCUCAACGAGCUUCUGACCAGAACACGUGGCAGUUUCAGGCGUAAGACUUAUAGACGUGGUUAUCGUACUACCGUACCCGCAGCACAUCCCAGCCAUAAAAUGGGUUGGGACUGGGCAGUCGCAGGUAUAUCCGAUGAGAUUCCGAGGACGACGGGUCCAGAGUGCAUCAAUUACAUGACAGAUCGCCGUCGGUGGGUAGAGACGGUGCUGCUGUCCGCCCUCUUUAUAUUUAUAAUGCACCGCUCUUGGCAACGCCUAGCGCCGAUUAAGCUUCCGCCGCCCCACGAGAUACAGAAGCCACACAGUCCCACGAGACUGUUUCUUCUAAUAGCCCUGUCAAUGAUUUUUGGCAUUGAGAUGGGCUUCAAACUCUCCGGGCAGUCAAUGAUUUUCGCCUUGAAUCCAUGUCAUGUGCAGUCCUGUCUGCAGAUAUAUCUUCUGGCCGCCAAGCCGACGAAGACGACAACAGCGCUCUUUCGUAUACAGAUGAGCAAUCUCAACGGCCCUUUUCUGGCGUUUCUUUUCCCAGAGGUGGAGGGCCGCACAUAUCCCUUCGAGCAGGCCACCUAUUGGAUCCAGCAUGCACUGCUGUACAUAAUACCGAUUUACAUUAUUCGAAGCGGAGCGUACACUAUCGAGGACCUCAGCGAAUUGCACUGGUCUCACAUAGGUACCGCCUUCAUGCUGUUUUAUCACUUCGUCCUGCUCUCCCCGCUCUCAAUUUUUACUGGUAUCAAUCUGGACCACAUGCUCUGUGCGGCCAUGUCAGAUCCAUUCCAGGGCCCGAAUUACCGGAUAUUUGCGUGCUGCCACCAAGCACUGCUUUGCCCGCUGCUAAGUAAGGGCACUGUGGUGCUGUUCGGUGGCCGGAGUUGGAGCAAGAGCGGCCUGAACGGAUCGGGAAGUAUGCCGGAGACGAGGAGCGAUGCUGCCCAGUAUCACCAAAUAACUCCGGCUGACUAUGCUAUACAGGAGGAGACGAUCUUGCGGCACCGAUUUAGCAACCAGGAAGCGGUGGACGAAGGACAUCCGCAUGACACGGGCGAAAUGGCGACCCUUACAGCGGAGUAUACCAUGCCUACAACUAAAAUCGACUAGUACUUACUACGUCUAUUAUGCCAGUCAAUUCUCGAGCCACUGAGGCUACGAUCCAAGUUUUGCAGAUAGCCGUAUAGCCCGUUUAUACUAAAAUACAAAGGAUUUUUGUGAGAUCCGAGGGAGCUGAAUGUAUUUAACAAAGAAGUGUAGAUAAAAACAAAUAAGGCUAAUUUUCAUGCUCAUUGAGGUUAUACUUCAAAACAAUACAAAUAACUAAAGAGUUAUCGAAGUUAAUUCUUACUUUGAAGGUAAAUCAAAAGUUACAGCACUUCAAAGAUUAAUAAUAGAGAACGUGUCUUAAAUUGUAAGCCGAUAGCGAGCAACAGAUAAAUUCAAAAAUCAAAUCGAGCGCCAAGGAACGGGAAACUCCAAAGGUAUGUGCUCGGUCUGGCAGCACUGUCAAAGUGAACUGUGACCCGUUUACCCCCAGCUGUUGCCGAAUCUAUAAUAAAUAAUAAAUAGUCGAAGCGGUAGGUUUGGUUUGGUUGUCCUUUCGUGGGAAUUGGGGCAGUCUCCUGUCCCACGCCGAACAGGUGCUCUUCUUGUGCGAACUGCCCGCCGCUGACUCAGCUGUUCAAUGUUUUGGUUCGCCAGCGAACUAGUUCGCCCCCGCUGACUCACGGGGAGCUAGCAUUUUGUUCUAACGUGAGUGGUGACGCGCGGCGCAUCCAAUUCCGCUGUUUGGUGUAGAAAAACGUGCUUAACGAAAAGCUGCACAAUAAACGGAUUGCCGAAUUCGUCUGAUCGCCUAUACCUUGUACCUGUGCUGCGGCUGAGCCAUCGGCAACACCUCCUUCAACUUUGUUUUGCCCGGCGGUUGGGUACGGCACAUCCGCCCAGAAAAGUGAAAUAUACCUUCUUAAUUUGAUAACAAUAAGCCUAGCCGCGGCGCUGCCUUAAUUUCAAUUAAGUUAAAAACCCGGUGGGAGCGACGUUUACGUAGCAGAUUC